AUCGUGGACAGCGGGUGGGAUCACGGCAACAGAGCAUUAAAUACAAGGCAGGAGAGAAAAAUGACGCAAAGGAGCAUUACAGACACAAGCUCGAGAUGGGGAUCUUUGAGAUGUCAUGGCUGCAGACCAAUAAAAAGGGACAUAUUAAGGAGAAGACAAUUACACUCCAAAUUAUUCUGAAGCAUCAUUCACAAUUUAUCUGGGCGCUUCCUCGGACACUCGCGUCCUUCAGCUUUAUAGCUGUGCGAAACGGAAUCCGCAGUUUGCGAACUUCAGCCGGCGAAUAAGACGACAGACGGAUCGGAAGCUGCGAAUCAGUGAAAUUAAGCGUCAUCAAACAAUCGUCAGUCCUCUCGGAGGAAGACCCUUGUCCAACGAGCCGAUGGCGACUCCAGAUGCAUUGAAAUUCAAAGAGUAUGAAGAAACUUCAGAGUUUCUGUUUAAUGCCUCCAGUGUCAGUACAGACAGUAAAGUGAGCAGAGGGUCAGUACUGGUACCAGUAGAGGGAUCUGUCAAGUUGGACCUGUCGGAGGACGAAGAGGAGGAAGACCAAGAAGAGAAAUGGGAGCUAUUAGGAGGACAGAGAGAAUCCAGUAGCUUCUGGACAUUUGAGUACUAUCAGUCCUUCUUCAAUGUUGACACAUUACAGGUGCUUGACAGGGUCAGAGGGUCACUCUUGCCUUUACCUGGACGAAACAUUGUUAAGCAUCAUCUCCGUAGCAACCCUGAUUUGUAUGGACCAUUCUGGAUAUGUGUCACUCUGGUGUUCUCCAUGACCAUCAGUGGGAACAUCUCCGCGUUCCUCAGCCAGAUGGGUGAUCCUAAGUACCAGUACAGGCCGCACUUCCACCGGGUAUCUGUAGCGGCUGUGACAGUCUUCUCGUACGCUUGGCUGGUGCCUUUGGGAUUAUGGGGCUUCCUGACUCUGAGGCAGGGGGCGGAUAGGCGAACUGGGGGCUACUCUUUCCUGGAGACAGUGUGCGUCUAUGGCUACACUCUCUUCCUGUACAUCCCAACCACGAUGUUGUGGACCAUCCCCUUGGAAUGGCUUUCUUGGCUGCUAAUCCUGGUCACCACGGCGAUCUCUGGAUCGGUGCUGGUCAGCACCUUUUGGCCCAUGGUCCGUGAAGACAGCAGGACUGUUGCCAUCACUACCUUAGUGACAGUUUUGCUGCUGCAUGCCUUUUUCACCAUUGGAUGUAAGCUUUACUUCUUUCAGACAGCAGUACGCACAGGAAGUCCCUCCUCCCCAUUGCUCCACUCUUCCUCUAACAUAACGGGGGCACUGACCCAGUGCGUCCAAGGAGAGCUGACCGGGAGGGUAGAGUGCUUGGAGCAGACAGGGAUCAUUUACAACUUCAUGCUACAGUAAUUCUACGCAUCUGUGAUGUAUAACAUAUGUGAUGUUCUUGUUGGACGGGGUUAAAUGAAGGUCGCCUUUCUAAGUAUCGAGUAAGAAUGUGGCAGUAGAUGAAUGAGAUCGGGAACUGAACCCAUAUCCAUAGUUAUACCAAAGCUUUUUUUCUUGCUGUUCCCUUAACUUUAAUGCGACAUGUAUUAAAAUCAGAGUUUGUGAAUGA